AUCGAGCGCGCUCGGCAAGGUGGCAGAGGGCGGCGGCGGCGGCAUCACCACGAGCAGCAUGGGGGCCUGGCCAAGGACGUGGUGGCGGCGGCCGCUGCAGGGCCCCCCUCGGCCGGCGGCGACCACGACCCGCUUCUGGAGCUUGUGCUGGCUGCUGCUGGGCGCCUGGAGGGGGCUGCUCGCCUCCGCCUGCCCCAGCACGUGCACGUGCAGCCCCGAGCGGAUCUGGUGCAGCAAUUCCACCGCCAACUUCGUGUCCUUCCCCGUGCUCGGCAAGAGGAGCGAGCGGGAGAAAGUCACUGACAUCUAUAUUGCAAACCAGCGGAAGCUAGAAAGCAUCAAUGACCAAGAUGUUGGCCUUUAUGUAGGAUUGAAAAAUUUAACUGUGGUGGAUUCGGGUUUGAAGUUUGUCUCACGCCAUGCUUUCCUGAAAAAUAUCAACUUGCAGUACAUUAACUUCUCAAGAAACAAGCUGUCAAGUUUGUCUAGAAAGUCUUUCCGGCACCUGAAUUUGACUGAUCUGAUUUUGGAAGGCAAUCCAUUCAAGUGUUCCUGUGACAUUAUGUGGAUCAAGAUGUUUCAAGAGACCAAGAUACCAAAACCAGAAAGUCUGGAUUUUUACUGUGUUAAUGACUACAACCAGAGAGUGUCUCUGAUGGAGAAGCCAGUCUCAAACUGUGGCAAACCUUCAGUAAAGUUGAGCACACAUAACCUCACUGUUAUUGAAGGAAGAAGUGUCACGUUGUAUUGUGAUGCCACAGGAACUCCACCACCAGUUAUAUCUUGGAUUUUCACUAACCUUAUUUCAAAACAUGAGAGUGAUACAAAUAAGAACCCAGCUUCUCUUACCAUAAAGAAUGUAUCAUCCAAUGACAGCGGAACACUGAUUUCUUGUGUAGCCGAAAACAGUGUGGGCGAAGACCAAGUUUCUGUUGAUCUUACAGUGUUCUUUCCGCCAAAUAUUACAUUUCUUGAAAUUCCAUAUUCGGACCACCACUGGUGUAUUCCAUUCAGUGUGAAAGGGAACCCACAACCUACUCUAACAUGGUUGCAUGAUGGGGUAAAACUGAAUGAAUCGGAUUAUAUCUGGACUAAAAUACAUGUUAUCAAUCAGACUGAAUACCACGGCUGCCUUCAGUUGGAUAACCCUACUCAUGUGAACAAUGGAGAUUAUACCUUGGUGGCACAGAAUCAAUAUGGAAAAGAUGAAGCAAGCAUUUCUGCAUACUUUAUGGAAGAUCCUGGAGGUAAGCAGAACUUGGUGGACUUCUGGUUCCCAGGCACAGAUGUGACAGACUUCACAGAGGAUUAUGGGACCACGACCAAUGACUUUGAAGACACUACAAAUAAUAGUAAUCAAGUUACUUCUACGGGUUUUUCAAACAACAAUGAAGAUAGCAUCACUGUUUAUGUUGUAGUGGGGACUGCAGCAUUAGUGUGCACUGGCUUAGUUAUCAUGCUCAUUAUUCUCAAGUUUGGAAGACACUCCAAGUUUGGAAUGAAAGUUCAAUUAAAACAAGGUGGUCUGGUAGAUCAAAUGUGGCUGUCAUUGCAAGACUGCGAUAAUGAAGGUCCUUCUUCAGUUAUCAGCAAUGACGACGAUUCAGCAAGUCCUCUGCAUCACAUCUCUAAUGGGAGUAAUACUCCAUCAUCUUCUGAGGGCGGCCCAGAUGCAGUAAUUAUUGGAAUGACAAAGAUUCCUGUGAUUGAAAAUCCUCAAUAUUUUGGAAUCACAAACAGUCAACUGAAGCCUGACACAUUUGUCCAGCACAUCAAGAGACACAAUAUCGUUUUAAAAAGAGAGCUAGGAGAAGGAGCUUUUGGAAAAGUUUUCUUGGCCGAGUGUUAUAACUUGUGUCCUGAGCAAGAUAAGAUCUUGGUGGCAGUGAAGACACUAAAAGAUGCUAGUGAUAAUGCCCGCAAAGACUUCCACCGAGAGGCAGAAUUGCUAACUAACUUACAGCAUGAGCAUAUUGUGAAGUUCUAUGGAGUAUGUGUGGAGGGGGAUCCUCUCAUCAUGGUCUUUGAAUACAUGAAGCAUGGAGACCUCAACAAAUUCCUCAGGGCGCAUGGACCUGAUGCUGUUCUGAUGGCUGAAGGUAAUCGUCUAGCUGAGCUGACCCAGUCACAGAUGUUGCAUAUUGCCCAGCAGAUUGCAGCUGGCAUGGUUUACUUGGCAUCACAACACUUUGUGCACCGUGACCUUGCCACUCGGAAUUGUCUAGUUGGUGAAAACUUGUUGGUGAAAAUUGGGGAUUUUGGAAUGUCAAGAGAUGUAUACAGCACAGAUUAUUACAGGGUUGGUGGACAUACCAUGUUACCCAUUCGUUGGAUGCCUCCUGAAAGUAUCAUGUACAGAAAAUUCACCACUGAAAGUGACGUCUGGAGCCUUGGAGUUGUUUUAUGGGAAAUCUUUACUUAUGGCAAGCAGCCAUGGUACCAGCUCUCGAACAAUGAGGUAAUCGAGUGCAUCACUCAGGGCAGAGUCCUGCAGCGACCUCGUACAUGCCCAAAGGAAGUGUAUGAUCUGAUGCUGGGUUGUUGGCAGCGGGAGCCUCAUAUGAGGCUCAACAUCAAGGAAAUCCACUCCCUUCUUCAGAACUUGGCCAAGGCUUCUCCAGUCUACCUGGAUAUUCUAGGCUAGAAACUCCCAGCACUUCUUGUUAUGGAGUGUAUGAACGAAUGUGUUCGGUUGCCACUAAACUCCAUUAAAGUGUGUUCUUACCUCUGACCGUCUUAAAGACAAGGAAAUGGAGAAGCUUUUAAAGGGCAAGCUGUGUGCAUUUCUCCCUCUGUAGACACAGUAUUGACAUUAUUGAAAUGUAUCUCUUCCCUCCUUCAUUCUUUCUGUUUCUCUAUUUUUUCCUAAAUUUGUAUUCAGUCUGGCUUCUGCAUUAUUAUAACUCUGCAUAGACAAAGGCCUUAAAAACCUGACCUGUUACGUCAACAGACACUCAGUUUUGCCCAUCACAACUAACAAUGCCUUUUAUUCAUGCCUUUGAUCUGGAUAAAAAAGGGAAAAAAUUCUUAGUGACUUCUGUAUGGAUAUCUGGAGCUUCUAUGGACUCACCUCUACUUCAUUUGCUUGGGCAUCUGGGUGGAAAGCAGAAGACUGGCAUUCUCUAUAGGAAACUUUUUUCUAGCUGAGAUCAAGCCAGAGGGAAAUAAAUCAGCAUAUUGUAUAAUGCAUUGUAUGGAGAAAUUAUAGGAUCAGAGGGCAUCCAGCAUACCACUUCAACAUGUAAUGAAAUGAUUUGGGGAAAGUGUUCAAUUAUUUCUACUGAGAAAUGUUCAGAGGAGAAAAGGGGCUUCUAAGUACAAAUUUGGUUAGCAUUUUUGCAUUUAUAGAUGUGUUGAUAUGGUCUGUUUCAAAGAACAAAAUGUGUUGCCAACAUUGCCAAAAUUGUUCAACCAGGACCUGCCCCCCAACUUGUUUCACCAAAGGGAUUUGUGAUGCCACUGCAACAUGUCUUCUCUAGUGAGAUGUUGGCAAUGUUAGCACAAGUUGGAAUCUAUUAAGUGUAUUUUCAGGGCCAUUUUCUAAAACAUGGAGGCUUUGAUGAGAGAGGACAGUUGUAGAUAUGGAAGGAAGCUAAUCCUGUAUGAUGCUGUUUUAACAGCAUGUCCCUUCUUUUUUUCCUGUUUCCUAUUCCCCUUUUCACCCUGCUGUGCAAACCAAACCUAGCAUGGUCUGUCUAUUAAUACCCUUUGUGCUAAAAACAGCUGUUCAUCUCAUUAUACACCCAGACUCAUGAAGGAAAACAUAUAUUUAGUUAUAAAGGAUGCUGUUAGCAGCAUUCAAAAGUUACAUUGUUACAGAUGCAACAGAUGCUAUAGGCUAGUUCAACAGUAUGAUGUGUGAGAGAAGAUAUCCAAGAAGCUACUAGAGAAGAGGGAAGAGGGAUAACUUGACAGAACUUUACAAACCUGAGUUCAGCAUUAGUUUCUGGUUGAGCUAGUGGGUGUAUUCCUAGUCAUCGUGUUUUCUUUUUAAUUUGAUUUAAGGCUGAUAUUGUGUGUAUAUGUAACCUCAGUUUAUGGGUUCUGUGGGGCAGAACUUGGAAUGAAUCUUGCAAUAAUUCAAAGAGAAUAAAGGAUUUUUACUAUUCA